AUGGCUACGGCUGGGCCAGGGUCAGACCCAGGGCGGGAUCUUGCGGUCACCAUCGGAGUCGACGCUGCUUUGCGCCUGGGGCUUGGAAAUUCGCCGUUUUGCGCCUGUCGAGGGCCCGGAGCAACGAAUCCUUGUCCCAGCCUCCAAAACGGCGGGGUCAGCCGGCACCACCGGUCCCCAGGCCCGCCGGCCUGGCUCAGGGGGCAGGAGAGGAAGGGAUUGUUUGACGUGAAGCCCCGGGAAUGGUUGGGCCGCGCCGGGGAGUGGGAGCGACUCGCCAGGGCCGGCGCGCAGACCGCGCCUCGGCGGAGCUGCCUGCGCUUCCUACGGCGCGACCGGCUGGAGCGCACCGUCCGGGGAGACGUGGGCUUGGACCCGCGGCAGCCAGUUUGCAUCCACGUGGAGGAAGUGGUGGCACUGGGGGAUGUGCCAGAUGGCACGGUGGUGACGGUGAUGGCGGGCAACGAUGAGAACUACUCUGCUGAACUGCGCAAUGCCUCUGCCGUCAUGAAGAACCAGGUGGCCAGGUUCAACGACCUUCGCUUCGUGGGCCGCAGUGGGCGAGGGAAGAGUUUCACACUGACCAUCACCGUGUUCACCAACCCCACCCAAGUGGCCACCUACCACCGAGCCAUCAAGGUGACUGUGGAUGGACCCCGGGAGCCCAGACGGCACCGGCAGAAGCUGGAGGACCAGACCAAGGCGUUCCCCGACCGCUUCGGCGUGGACCGGGUGCGCAUGCGGGUGACCCCGAGCAUGCCCAGCCCCCGCGGCUCGCUCAGCACCACAAGCCACUUCAACAGCCAGGCCCAGACCCCCAUCCAAGGCACCUCGGACCUGAACCCUUUCUCCGACCCCCGCCAGUUCGACCGCUCCUUCCCAGCGCUACAGACCCUCACGGACAGCCGCUUCCCGGACCCCAGGAUGCAUUACCCGGGAACCAUGUCCGCGGCCUUCCCCUACAGCGCCACGCCCUCGGGCACGAGCAUCAGCAGCCUCAGCGUGGCCAGCAUGCCCGCCACCAGCCGCUUCCACCCCACCUACCUCCCGCCACCGUACCCUGGGGCCCCGCAGAACCAGAGCGGGCCCUUCCAGACCAACCCGUCCCCUUACCACCUCUACUACGGUGCGUCCUCUGGCUCCUACCAGUUCUCCAUGGUGGCCGGCAGCAGCGGCGGGGGCGACCGCUCGCCCACCCGCAUGCUGGCCUUCCUGAACCAGCAGCGUCUCCUCCGGGGGCGUGGGAAACUUUUGAACCCAACCUUGGGCGGCCAAAACAACGGCGUGGAAGCCAAAUGGACUCCCCCCACUCGCCCCUCCGCCUUGGGCACCCAGGGCCCAACGCAAAAUGGUGGGUCGGGGAGGGCAGAGCAGGUGGAGCCUAAAGCAGGCUCGGUGGGAGCCGCUCUGGGGCCCGAGCUGGAAGAGCAGCGACUCAGCAGCAAUCAACUGCGGCGCGAGCAGGUGGCUCAGCUCCCCCAUUUUGCAGAUGAAGAGACUGAGGUGCAAAGAGAGGGUGUCAUCUGGCUUCACAUCUCCCUGGGCGAGGACCGCAGCCUGCUUGGUUCUGCUUCCGGGCAGGGGUUUACUCUGCUGGAAGGGAAGGGUGAUAUCCCUGGCCCAGCAACCCCAGCCUCCGGAGCCACCAGCGGGAGCUUAGACAUGAAGCGGCCCGGCCAGAUGCACCCCAUAAACACAGUCACCCGGAUCUCCCCAGCAUGGCCCAGGGUCGGGGGCAGCUGUUCGCCCCACCAGACACCCAGCUUGGCCAUGUGA